AUGAUGACGAGGGUAGCUCAAUCAAACGGUGCACAAGCUCAACGGAGCCAAAAUCAGAACAAUGACAAGACUACCACCGAUUUGUCUCUUAAUAUUGCAGUAAUCGGAGCUGGCAUUAUCGGGGUCAUGACGGCUCUUGGACUGCUACACGCAGGCCAUAAGGUGACUGUAUUCGAAAAGGCUGACGACUACGCCGAUGUGGGUGCUGCCAUGGCAUUCACUGGCGUGGCGCGAGAGUGUAUGCAAAGACUGAAUCCCGCCAUUCUCGAAGCUUUGCAACGUGUCGGAGAGACGAACCGUCACCGGAUGAAUCGCUACUGGGACGGCUUCAGUCCGGCUAGCAGUGAGGCGGCGCGGUCGGAAGAGUCGUUGCUCUUUCAGCAAUCGGCUCGUGAAUUGGACUAUACGGGGUGUCUUCGUUCGUCCCUCGACAGCUAUUCUGAGGAUGUUGCAGGUGUUGAGCUUCGGUUCGCCGACGGCAGCACCGUGCAAGCAGACGCAGCCUGCGAUGGAAUUCACUCCAAAGCGCGGCGACUCUUGCUGGGAGAAGACAAUCCAGCGUCACGCCCAAGCUUCACCCACAAAGUCGCCUACCGAGCCAUCAUCCCCAUGGCCGAUGGCAUCGCGGCUCUCGGCGAAGAUAAAGCCAACAAUCAAUGCGCACGCAUGGGUCCGGAUGCCCAUCUGCUUUCAUUCCCCGUAGCCCAAUGGACUCUCUCAAAUGUAUUCUUAUUCUUGCAUGACCCUAAGCCGUGGCCGAACCCGCACAAGACAACAAUGGAAGUCGACAAGUCUGAAAUCGUCCCGGUCCUGAACAAAUGGGGCCCCGAUGUUCGCCAACUGCUCCAAAAGUUACCUGACCGAGUGUUUGCCUGGGCCAUUUUCGACACGGCUGACCACCCUGCCGACACCUACGCCCGAGGACGUGUCUGUCUGGCCGGCGAUGCCGCCCAUGCCAGCAGCCCGUUCCACGGUGCCGGUGCGUGCAUGGGAGUAGAGGAUGCCCUGGUUCUGGUCUCGGCUCUGGACACUACCUUGUGUUCCAUGAGCAAUGGCGCCAGCAAGAGCAAGGCAGAGGCCAUAUCCGCAGCAUUUCAAGGGUAUAGCGCAGUCCGCCUCAAGCGCUCCCAGUGGCUGGUUCGCAGCUCCCGUGACAUGGGCGACAUUUAUGAGUGGAGAUAUCCGGCAACGGGAAACGACGCUGUCAAGAUCAAGGACGAGAUUGAGAGCCGGUCGAGGAUUCUCUGGGAUUUUGAUGUGGGAGACAUGGUGGCCAAGGUGCGGGCAGAGUGCCAACAGGGGAUGAAACUGAAUACGACGUAA